UCAAAGCCAUAAAUCUUCCCUCUGACUGGCUGGCGGCCCAGCAAAGUCCUUAUCAAAUUCUUGGAGGUGAUCCUGGUGCAGUCAGACAGUCCGCGGAGAUCGCGCAGCGCGGGGGGGUGGGACAGGCACAGAGGCGAAGAGAUCAGAGGGAAGGAGAGAGGGGGAGAGGGAGAGAGAGAGACGGAAACUGGGCAGCUCCUCGUCUUCCCCUCGGCGUCCCCAUGCCUCGGCCGUGCCCCGGCGCCUUCCCCUCGCCCCGGGCACAGUAGCCAUGGCCGCGGUGGCCGUCCUCCGGAACGACUCCCUCCAGGCUUUCCUCCAGGACCGCACCCCCAGCGCCUCCCCAGACUUGGCCAAGCACUCGCCCCUGGCUCUUCUGGCCGCCACCUGUAGCCGGAUCGGGCAGCCAGGCGCAGCGCCCUCGGAUUUCCUGCAGGUCUCCUACGACCCGACGCUGGGAUCCCCCUCCAGGAUCUUCCACCCGUGGAGCGGCGAGAUGCCGGCGCACUCCCCGGGCGGGCUGCCGCCGCCGCACCCCAGCCUGGGGCUGACCCCGCAGAAGAACCACCUGCAGCCCUCCUUCGGGGGGUCGCACGAACUGCCCCUCACCCCCCCGGCGGACCCCUCCUACCCCUACGAGUUUUCCCCCGUCAAGAUGCUGCCCUCCUCCAUGGCCGCCCUGCCGUCCAGCUGCCCCCCCGCCUACGUCCCCUACGCCGCCCAGGCCGCCCUGCCGCCCGGCUACUCCAACCUGCUGCCGCCCACGCAGCCCUGCCGGCAGCUCUCGCCCAACCCGCCGCCCGAGGACAUCCCCUGGUGGAGCAUCCAGCAGGCCGGCGCCCCGGGCGGCUGCGGCCACCGCUUCCCCGCGGCCGCGGCGCUGCCGCGGAGCCUGGUGCUGGGCCACUCGGACUUCGCCCAGUACCAGACGCAGAUCGCCGCCCUGCUGCAGACCAAGUCUCCCCUGGCGGCCACGGCCAGGAGGUGCCGCCGCUGCCGCUGCCCCAACUGCCAGUCGGCCGCGGGCAGCGCCCCCGAGGCGGAGCCGGGCAAGAAGAAGCAGCACAUCUGCCACAUCCCCGGCUGCGGCAAGGUGUACGGCAAGACCUCGCACCUGAAGGCGCACCUGCGCUGGCACACGGGCGAGCGGCCCUUCGUCUGCAACUGGCUCUUCUGCGGGAAGAGCUUCACCCGCUCCGACGAGCUGCAGCGGCACCUGCGGACUCACACGGGCGAGAAGCGCUUCGUCUGCCCUGAGUGCGGGAAGCGCUUCAUGCGCAGCGACCACCUGGCCAAGCACGUCAAGACCCACCAGAACAAGAAGCUGAAGGCGGCGGCGGACGGCGUCAAGCGGGAGGACGGCCGCGACCUGUGACCGCCGGCCGGCGGGGCGGGACCGGCCCGGGACCGGCGGCGGCCGCCGCACCUGCGGGCCGACCCGAACCGCGCCUGCGGCGGGGACGCGGGCUGAGGGUGCUCCGCAGCCGGGGAGAGCGCGGCCGGCUCUCGGACUCGCGUCGGGCCCGGCGAGCAGGGAGCUCGGCUGGGGGCGGUGCCGGGAGGAGCCACGGCCCCCGCGGACCCUCGGGCCCGGGACUGGACGCUCGUAGGGCCCCGGGGCCGCCGCUGCGCAGCCCUCGGCCCGGGACAGGCCUCCUCCCCGCCGCUGCCGCCCCGCGGCG